UGGAGACGCGAAUGUAUGGCAACUUUGAUCGGGGGUACCGACAUCCGUCAUAAGGGGCUUGCUGCAGAGGAGGGAUCACACACCGAGGAAAGGGGUACAGGAGAACGGACGCGGUCCUGGGUAUGCUGAGUGGUCCAUUGGAAGGAUAACCAUGGUUAAAGUAUCCCUUCUAUUUCUCGUCUCACUUUUGAACGAGAAGUUUAGGUUGAAAGAUCCAAGCCCAAAGCCUGUUCUGAAACACCACUGGGCGUACACCGGAGAGGACGGUCCUGACUUUUGGCCUCUGCAUUACGAUAUCUGCGGGGGUCGCCGUCAGUCGCCUGUCAGCUUUGAUGACAACAUUAUAGAGUACAAUACAAAUCUACCAAAGUUUCAACUCUACAAUUUUGACGUGUACAGUCAGCUGACAGGCAACACAGUCUUGAACAUAACGAACAAUGGACACGCAGCGAGUUGUGCACUCAAGGGAGACUACUACGUUGAUGGCGGCGGCCUGGCUGGUCACUACCGAACUGCUGAGUUCCACUUCCACUGGGGCGGAGACAACUUCAGGGGGUCGGAACACGCCUUGAACGGGAUGAAGUAUCCCCUAGAAAUGCACAUCGUCAACUACGCUGAAAAGUACGGGAACCUGUCCGAGGCCAUGAAACAUCCAGACGGACUAGCAGUGCUUGGGGUCUUCUUCAAGGUCUCGGAAAAGGAUAAUCCUAGUCUACAGCCGAUUAUGUCUGCACUGCGAAACAUCGUCCACUACGGUAGCUACGAGGUGAUCAACAACUGCUCAGUUCGGGCCUUGCUACCUAAUGACCUGAGCUCCUAUUACCGCUAUGAGGGCAGCUUGACAACUCCACCCUGCUACGAGAGCGUGCUGUGGACAGUGUUCACGGAGGUCCAGGAUGUGUCCGAGAGACAGCUUGAUGCUCUGCGCUCACUAUACGAACAUGACCACGAAAGCCACUCCCCUAUCAGCGGUCACGGGUUGGCGAUGAAAGCCCCGAAAAAGAUGGCAGACAACUUUAGGCCUCUUCAGGCGCUCAAUAGAAGACGGAUUUACAAGAGCUUCCCAGGCACGUCCGCACAACAGAGUCUGCGCUCCCCAAAUCCGUCCCCUUCCCCUCUGGCAAGUCAGCUGGGGACAAGUGGGAUCGUCCAGGGGGGUCAGAGUCAGGCUGGUGCCAAGACGCCGGGGACGACAGGCAUGACAGGUAUCGCCAGGCCUAUUGGUUCGGGUGGUCCGACCUUGGCUGAAAUCAUUAAGAACCAAGGCACCAUUUUGGCAGAGGUGCAGAAUGCCCAGAAACAACCAGUUGUCAUCUCAGAAGCCAAUUCCAGAUUCCCAAGCUCAUCUCAAAACGUCGACGCCAAAGGAGCAGCUCGGCAAACUCAGCAGACACUGAGCGAGCAGAACACAGACGUUAAACUUCCGUCGGCCGGAAUCAUCGGGCUUGUGGGUAAUACCCCGGUACAGAUGACAACAACUAGACCUGCGGCACCUUUUGUAACCCUCGUCAGUGGGAAGUUCCUUCCUCCUCUACUCCCCGGGGAGAGUAUGCUACAGUCCGGAUCCGGCCCUUUCAGACAAGGAGUGGGGGCGAGAACACCGUAUGUCCAGGCGGUAAACAGAACCAUCAUGACGUCAGGAGCUCUCCAGAAGCCUCCGUACAACCCUAACCAGUCUGUAGGCUCCAAGUACAACGGGCCAGUUCCAGGAGUGGUAUGGUUGUUCCCCACCACAACCCGGCCCCCGACUCGGAACCGCUGGACUCCGCGUAAUCGCGGAUACGUGAGGCCAAUGCAUCGACCUUCAAACUCUCGGGUCGUCUACCAACGCCCGCCAUCAUCAUUCCACUACCGCUACCCAAUACCGAUUCAACGGCCUCCUCCAACAGUGUUCCUCAACUCAGCCCCAAAACCUGUGCGCGUUCAGAAACCUUACUUCUACAACUUCUAUUUCAACCGCAACAGCCCUUCACCAUCGCGGUACUCCCAUUCCCCUGGUGGCUUCGGGGGGUUAGACUUUGGGGCUCUUGGGGAACUGAAGAAGAGACGCCGACGAAGCCACCCAAAACAAGAACAUGGAUGCAAGCACUAGACUAGAACACAAACAAGGACUACUGACGGCGGUGCGGGUUCUCUCCCCUUGAUACAUUGAUGACCUUGCCCUUGACCUUGAGAUCAAACACUACGCAACGGGUGACUAAAGUGGUCGUUCCCAGGUUCUUAUGUAGAAUAACUAUAUCAGAAACGUGAAACGUUGCAGCAGGUGUUCGACCUUUUGGUUGUGGAUGUUGUAGAGUCCCAUCUCUGAACUGAGGAUAGGAAGUGUUGAGCUGGGAUCAUGUUCCAUAAUGGUGUCCUCGUCAUCCCCGGUUGACUGAUCUCGAUGAAACAAUGUAAAGAUGUUCCGUUAUAUGGGAUCCUCUUAGUCUCGACAAUCAAUUGCAGUCUGAAUGUCACAAUAGCUCAAAAACACGUCUGAUAAAAUGGCUUCCAUUGCAGCAAUUCAUCUGGGAUUCUGUAAUUUAUUUACCUCUUUGUGAUCUUCUCUCCAUGUGUUUCCUUCGACUUUAAUUCCACAUUUGUGUUUUUGUUAUACUAUUGUGAAUAUUCUUCGACAACCUAGCUUCAAGUCUGUUUGUAUUGACACUGUUUACCACGUAUAUAUUCUGCUAUUGAUACAUCGCGUUUAUUGUAGUGUUUUGUUAAAAAAUAAAUAUCUGUUAA